AUGAGUAAACGAAAAGUAGACCAACUCUACAAUACCAAUAGUAACCCUGUUACUUUGAAAAUCAUCAAUUUCGUUACCUAUCUACAAAAGAGAGAACAUCAACAAUUACAACAACAAAAACAACAAAGAAAUAAUAAUAAUAAUAAUAAUAAUAAUAAUAAUAAUAAUGAACAACCAAUUAUAUUAGAUAUAAAUAAUAAUGUAGUAGAGAAUUUUGAUAUAGAUAUAAAUAUUGCAAAAUGGAUUCUGUAUCUUUCGUUUGAACUAAAGAACUCGCUUGGGGGAUUGUUGAAUGCCAAGGAUAUUGACAAGUGUCUUAGAAAUCUACUAGUGUUUCUGAUCAAUGAACAAAAGGAAGAUAGUCAAUCAUCGCAACAAAGAAAACUGAUCAGAAUGCUGCCACCGACCAUUGACCUGUCGUCUAUUCCCUCACCCUAUCUAUUCAGUCAUCAUCCACCACAGACCACUCCAAUCAUCACGCCACUCAAACUAAACAUCCAUGGGACUACAACUGCGACUACGACUACACCACCACCAUCUUCACCAUCUUUGACAUUAUUAAAGACUACGCCAACCAACAAAUCAUUACCUCUGGAACCUACGACACCAUUCCAAAGGGAUCGUCUAGAGGAGAUGGAAAACAUCAUCAAGAAUCUAGACCCAGAGAAUGACUGGUGUCCCAUUCGAAGCAAGAUUACAUCGGUUGCAGAAGUGUCUGUUAGAAAGAGCAACUAUGCAUCGUUGGAUCAAACCAUUGUACCUGCAUUUGAUGAAGACACACUUCAAAUGUUCCGUAUUCUCAUUGGAAAGAUUACCAUCUCACAGAACCCAAAAUUCCUCAACAGAUUGGUACUAUGUGACUCUGUCUCUGAGGUACCCAUCCUUAUCACUUGUAAUCUGUACGGAUUGGACGCACAGUCUACCAACAUUUACUAUUUAGACAGUAUAGUAUUUAUUUCAAAAUGGAGACUUGUUUGUGUACCACCAUCCAGUGGUACUACAAAUCAAACCAAAGAUGAUGAAGAAGGAAUAGUCAACUAUUUAGAAAUAGAAUCAAUGACUGUUCUACAUCGUGAUCCAACACAUUACUAUCAACGAUUUAUGAAUGACAAGUUGGCACAUUAUAGUCAUGAUGUCGAAUUUGAAGAGUAUCUCUUUAAAAAACUAGAACCUCAUUCAAUCCAUGAUAUCAUUCAAUUCAACUCUUCUUCUUCUUCUUCUUCAACCACCCAAGUGAUUGAUUAUAAAGAAGGUAUCAAUUUAAUAGGACAAGUUAUUCUCAAAUCAUCACUAUUGGCAUCAAAACCAGAGGAUGGUACCAAUAGAUCAUUCUUUUUCAUUCAACUUGCCAACAUUAAAUUCAAUACCUCCAACAUCAACAAUACUAGUACUAGAAUGAAUCCAUCAUUAAAGAGAUCAGCAUCGAUACCAAAAAUAUUAGAUCAACGUUUUACCACUUGUUAUGUGAUGUUUAAAGGAAACAAUGCAAAAUGGCAUCAAUUGAUAGAGCCUGGAGGAUACUACCUCUUUUCAAACACUCUAUACAAUUUGGCAUUUAGAAACAUACCAGAGGAACAAAGACCGAUUCUCCACUUUAAAGAAAACUCUAUCAUCUUUUCCCUCAGACCAGCCGUCCUCUUGUCAAAAGCAUUGGUGAUUGACAGCAGCAAUACCUUUAGAACAUCGAAUCCUGGACUCAACAUUUCACCAUCUGCACAGGAGCCAACAAGCAACAAUAACGAUCUUUUCAACAUCCAUCUUUCCAACACAUUCUAUAGUUCUGAUUUGCAAGAAAACAGAGUCAUCUUACCAUCCACUGUAAACUAUAUUGGUUGUUUGACAUCGGAUUUUGACCCAAAGGAAGGUGUCUAUCAAUUGGAUAAAAAAUGGAGAUUAUUCAUCAGUCAUUUGAAUAGUAAAGGAUUUCAUGGUCGUGGUAUGAGAAGUGGUACAAUCUUAAAAUUACAUAAUGUUCAUCCAAUUUAUGUUGAUAAUUUAUUACAAGGAUUUGGAAUGUGCACAUGUAGUUCAAUUCAAUUCUUAACAUUUCAAAAUCAAAGAUUAAGAAGUUUUAUACCUUAUCAUCCAUUACCAUAUCGUUCAGUUUGGACAAAUUAUACAAUUAUCGAUUCAUUCAUGAUCCCAAAGAUCUUGACAAGAUUAUUAAAAAAAUAUCCAAAUACUUUUAAAAAUUUUGAUUCGUUUAUGGUUAAAUAUAAAGAUAGUUUAUUAGUUGAAAAAAUAGCAAGUGCAUUUCAAAUUUAUCCAGUUAAAACUCAAUUAACAACGAUUGAACAAUUUAAUACUAUUUUUAAUCAUGGAAGUGAUUGUCAUUUUAGCAAGAAACUAUCUACCCUCCCAAUGAUUGUAGAGAUUAGUCAAAUCCCAAAACCAAACAUUAUAAAACCAAUGAGAUAUAUGAAUAGUAAAACCUAUACAUUGAUUGGUCAUUUCAAUUAUCAAAAUCAAAAUUGUGAAUGGGGAAAAUUAAUCCUACAAGAUGAUGACUCCUCUUCAUUUAUAUCUUGUCAUGUUUUAGGUAUUCAAGAAUACCAUUUAAAUUUUAUUUGGAAAAUUAAUAGAUAUUUAAUUAAUAUGGAAACAUUUAAAGAAAAGGAUUUAUCAAAUCAAACUCUAUUUUAUAUUGAAUUUUCAAUCAAGGAUUGUGAUAUGAUUGCUCCUUAUAAAAUCACACCACAACCAACCAUUUCACAUCAAUAUUUAUUCAAUGAUCUUUGGUUAAAUAAUAAUAAUUUAAUUUUACCAAAUAUCAAUAAUAAUAAUAAUAAUAAUAAUAAUAAUAACAAUCCAUUCUUUAAUGAUAAUAAUAAUAGAAUAACAACCAAACAAAUUAGAUUAAAUCAAUUUUCAGUUCAAGCAUUGGGAAUCAUUGGAAAGGAGACCAUUUCAACUGUUAAAAUUGAUUUACCAAAUCGAUUAUAUCCAAUCAUUCAGAUAGGACAACUUUACUUUAUCGAUCGUGUUGUAAUCAAAGCAUCGAAAUCACAACAACGUAAAUUCAAAGUAACUGAAAACUUUUAUUCUCAAAAGGACAGAGCUACACUCAAACAAGUUGUCCUAUCAGACCCUGGAGGUCGAACCCAUCUAACAACACCAGUCGAAGAGAUUGAAACCUAUGACAUCCCAUCAAUCCAAGUAAAUUCUUCCAUAUAUUAUCGUGUCAUUCAAUAUCAAACAGAAUCCACCAAAUCUAUUACCAAUAUUGAUGAUUUAAUUUAUAUACCAAUUAAAACUCAACAUCAACAACAGUCGCUACAAUUGGUAUCAUUUAAAGGUUUAAUUUUAAAUCAUUUUAUUCAAUCUGUUAAUGGAGAUCCAAAUAAUGUAAAUGGUAAAAAGAUUUGUGUAGCAUUGAAAAACUUCCAACUAGGAUUGGUACGUGGUGUAGAAGCUAUCUUUUACAAUUUUAAAAUCAAACAAGUAGAUGAAAAUGAAAAUAUUUGUUAUUCCAAUAGAUCUUCACAGGUUGAUAUUGUAGAAUGGGUACAAAUCCAUCCACAACAAGUACUAAAAGAGGCUCAACAACAACUUUUACCACAACUACAACCAGAACAACAACCACAACAACCACAACAACAACAACAAAAACGACAACAACAACAAGAAACAUUAUUGACAAGUCAAAUUGAAAUCAAGAAAAAGGUAGAACCAACCAUUAGAAAACUCAAAACCAAUCCAAAAUCAAUCUAUAAUGAUAUACCACUACCAAGCAAACUCAAUAUUUCAUCAUUGUCAGAUAUUAAACAAUAUGGUAGAUACUAUAGAACCAUUGCAGACAUUAAUUCAAUUCGCUAUAUUGAACUAUCGUAUGCAUGUUGCAAGUGUCAAAGACCUAUUCAAAAAUGUAAAUGUGGAUUAUCAGAUAAUCUAGAGUUUACUGGUACCUUGGAAUGUAAUGUAUCGGAUGGGAGUUCAGUUAAAACACUUGUAGUUAGAAAUGAAAAUUUUAUUUCUAAAAUCCUUUUGAUGAACAAGUCAAAAAUUGAUGCAAUUAAAUCUUUUAUAUUAAAAGAGAAAAAGAUGGUAGUAUGGAGCAAAUUUUCAGAUGAUAGAACAGACAAGACAAAUCCAUCAAGAGCAUCAUUGAUUGAAUGGAUUACACAUUUGAAUCAUGAAGAAUUUGAAUGGAAAACAUAUGACUUUACAGUGAUGAAGGAACAAGAAGGUGAUAUUUUGGUAUGUCACUAUCUUCAAUUGACCGAUUUGGUCGAUACCAUUUCAUCAACAAUCACAUUUUUGUAA